AAAAGUUUGGAUGACCCGUGCAGCAGUGAAAUACUGCGGAAGAGGCGACAGAGCUGCAUGAUAAUACAGACUAGACCCACAGGGACCGGGAUCUGAGUGAUACGAACCGGUGAAGGAACACCAGGUGUUCGUUAUUUCACCUGCCUGCGCUGUUUCUGAUCAUCUUCAUAUUUUUUAUUUGUUAUGCUGCUUAGAGAGAAUGGAGGGCUUACUUGGCAUCUGUCUUCUCUGGGCAGUGUUGCAGCGGAGCAACAUGCAAAUUGCUUCACCUGCCACAGUGUUAAACUGCUGUGAAGGGGAUAUUCUCCUUCUGCUGGACUCUUCCGGAAGUGUAUCAAACUACGAGUUCUUUCGCCUGUUGCUCUUCGCCGCCGAGCUGCUUCGCCCCUUCUCAUUGGGCCGUGGGCACGUAAGAGUUGGGCUGCUGCAGGUGGGCACAAACCCUAACCUGGAGUUCGGCCUGGAUGUCCACAACAAUCAGGAAAGUCUGCAGAAAGCUCUGCAGAGUGUCCGCCAGCUGCAGGGGGACACCAACACAGAGGCAGCGCUCAGGGUGGCCCAGCGGCUUUUGACAGAGACAAGCGAGAACGUGCCAAAGAUACUGUUGUGGCUGACUGAUGGUGUGCAGCCUGGAGACGUGGACAGGCCCAUGUCUGAGCUGAAGGCGCAGGGAGUUUCUGUUUUAGCUGUUUCUACAGUACAUGGCAACCACCAGGUGUUACAACGUGCAGUGACACCUCCACGACAAUCUCACCUCUAUUCUGUGGACAUAGAUACCAUAGAAAUCAUCACAGAGGACCUGAGGGAGGCCAUUAUCAAAAUUAUUUGUGCAGAACGGCUGCAUGUGAUUCACUUGACUUCCCACAGUGCUACGCUGCAGUGGCGUCCUGUCCUGAGCGCAGACAGUGGUUACUAUGAGCUCUGGUACAACUCCAUGUGGAAAACGGACAAUGAAACUAGACGUGUUCUGCCAGGUGACUCUAACUGGGUAGAGCUGACCAACCUGCAGCCUGAUACCACCUACACAGCUGCCCUCCACCCAGAGUCCAACCAGAAUCUGUUUAACACACUUUCUGUUAACUUCACCACACUUCCUGAUGUUGUAAGCCCGGCAGUGGUCUCCGUCUCAGACUCUGGCCCUCAUCAGAUCUGUGUGAGCUGGGGUCCCCUGCAGCUGGCUCGAGUCCAGAGAUAUACAGUGGAGUAUGGAGCUAUUCCAAGUGGAGACGUCCACACCAUGACACUACACAGCCAGCAGAACUCUACCAUACUGACCGGCCUGGAGCCGGGCACUCAGUAUCUGGUCACGGUCAGCGCUCUGCAUGUGAAUGGAAAAGAAAGAGCUAUGACUGUAAGGGCAUGCACUCAAGAGGCAUCUCUGCCAGCCCUGGCUGACCUUCAGUUGACCAUAGUGGAGCGUCAGGAGGUUCAGGUAGCGUGGCAGGCCCAUCAGGAAGGUUUGAAAGGCUACUGGCUGAGCUGGGAGACAGAAAGCUCCCGCAGCAUAAAGCCUUCCAUGUCCUCUGUCUACCUGCCUCCUACCUCGCGUUCAACACGUCUCACACACCUUGCAGCAAGCAGUCGAGUGUGUGUGUCCCCGGUCUACAGCUCGGGUCGAGGAGACGGGUUGUGCUGCACUGCAGAGAGGCACACAGAUUCCAGCCAGUGGGGUUAACGACCAUAGUCUGCAUCAAUCAGGCAGCUGGAGGAGCAUUUUGAUUGCUGGAAUGAUCAAGAUUACUUGUGCAGGACAGAAUAUUAUUAUGAGCAUCAUUAUUAUUGUUAUAUAGUUAAAAUGUUCAUCUUGUAAUGAAUUAUCGUGACAGAAAAAGCUUUAUCACAUAACCCCAGCUCUCCAUUCUCACAAUAAUUAUUCCAUAAUUAUUCAUUUUUAUCAUACAUUUGACAGGAACUAAGCUGCUGCAGAGCAAUUAUUAUUUCUCAUUAUGAUUAUAGCCUACUCUUACAAUGUACUGUUACAUAACUACACAUGUAUUUGCUUGAAAUGAUGUGAAACGGUUCAUUCCUUCUUGCAAGUAUUACAAGUUUUUGAGUGGGCAAUGUGUAAGAUCUGGCCACAAUUUGAGUUUGAAACGUUCAGAAAAUGAACUAAUAUUAUCAACAGAAUGUUAAAAGGUUAGUGUUGACGUUAUGUCAAAGUAGUCUAUGUAUUGUAUUGCAGAGAUAUCUACUAAAUUAACAUGGUAACCAGCUCGCCCUGGCCUGUUCUGUCUUGUAAUACCACUUAUACCUUGAGAGGCAAUAGUGAGUCAGUGUAGCGUCCAGCAUCAGUCCAACAUAAGGGGAAGAAGAAGUAGUGUUGCCAUAAAAGAGGAGAUGACACUGCAUCAUAUAUAUCAUCAUAUCAAUGAGGUACAACACAUGCGCAGCAUAAUCGAAGCUGCACUUGCCGAAAGGCUCACUAGCCCCAACAUGAUCAUAAAACAUGAGGAUAAUUCGUUCCUCUGAGAAAGUAGCCAACUGUGUGGGUGAUAAUUACAAUUGGUCAAUUAUUGAAAAGAUCUUUAAUACAAAUGAUUGCUAUUUGAAUAUGUUACAUUGUAUAUUGGCCGCCAUCCAUUUGAGCGUACCCAAAGAGUUCAGUCAGGCCAAAACCUUUUUUAAUCUGCGUCUGCUGUAACCCUCCAACAUGGAGGGUCCAGUUCCCCUGCACGUGUCAUGCCCCAUAACUCAAACCGUGUCCCCGCCUUCAUUCAAUAGCCUCGCCCGAGGUCUUGUCAAUCAUGUUGAGGUACAGCCCCCAGUUAGAGGCAUAGUUAACACAAAUAUGGCUAAAACCUUUAGCAAGAGAAGAUUAUCACCAUGCCAACCAGCAAAAAAAUCUAAAGUUUGUUGGCAAAGAAAUGAUGUGAUAUAAAGAAGCAAAUCACGCGUCAACAUUGGCGUGGCUUUCCACCCCUGGAAGCAGCUCCUGGCGAUAAAGAGAUGAGGUUUGAUGCUGCUCUUGUAAUGUUGGAGCAUGUGGCCAGACAUUACACAUACCUUUAUAAUGUAAUACAUGUAAAGUGGUGUCCUGUAUUUUCCUUCCCAGCUGUACUGAUGUCAAAUCAAAAUGACUGUAAUCCCCUAACAUCUUCCCUUAUAAUAGCAGAAA